CAAUGGAGAAGGCAGUCUUUCAUGUGUGCUGAUCUCCAGCUAACAAGGUCUGCUGCAGCAGCUGUGUGUGUGUGUGUGUGUGUGUGUGAGUGUGUGUGUCAUUAGGUUGGGACUCUCUGAGAGCUGUCAUUAGGCCCCGAGUGGAUCCUCCAGAAGGUGUGCGCGAGAGAGAGAAGGAGAAAGCCAACAGGGGGCGGGAGUUAAGGAGAGAGGGAGAGACGGAGAGGGAGGAUUGUUUCAUUCUCAAGACGCCAGCAGCAGCAGCUCGGAUCGGACGAGAGGUGACCGGUUUGGGGUUGAAGGUGUUUGUGUCUUUGUGUGCGUGCGUGCGUGCGUGUGUUUGCGCGCGCGUGAGUGGGUGCGUGUUCCCGUCUGGAGAGACUGCAGGAGCCGCUCAACUUGCUCGCUGUGCGCGCUGCUCUGCCCUGCCCAGCUCCGCCGUGUCCCUCUCCUCCUGGUCCCCGGGACACAUGGGCGUCUGGGUGAGAUGUGAAGAGGCUUGAAAGUAUGGCAUGCAAAGAUGGGUUCCGCCAAGAAGAAGGAGAAGGCGACAGUGAUGGUUCCCGUUUUUAUUCGGAUCCUCCUCUACUUUUUCUUUUUGGCUACUUGUGUAAAGAAAAUCUCUGGACAGACAAAGAAGGAUGAAAGGAUCUAUCCGGAGAAUUUUACGCGCAUUUUGGACCGACUUCUGGACGGAUAUGACAACAGGCUACGACCAGGAUUCGGGGGACGGGUGACUGAGGUCAAGACAGACAUCUAUGUGACCAGUUUUGGGCCUGUCUCGGAUGUGGAAAUGGAGUACACAAUGGACGUGUUCUUUCGGCAGCAAUGGGUGGACCGGAGGCUGAUGUACGAGGGACCCAUAGAGAUUCUGAGGCUGAACAACCUGAUGGUCACCAAAGUGUGGACGCCGGACACCUUCUUCAGGAACGGGAAGAGAUCUGUGGCUCACAACAUGACAGCCCCCAACAAGCUUUUCCGCAUCAUGAAGAAUGGCACCAUCCUGUACACCAUGAGGUUAACCAUCAGUGCCGAGUGUCCCAUGAAGCUUGUGAACUUCCCCAUGGAUGAACAUGCGUGCCCCCUCAAGUUUGGAAGCUAUGCCUAUCCUAAGACGGAGAUGAUCUACAAGUGGACCAAAGAGCCUCAGCAGUCAGUGGAGGUCCCUCCUGAGUCCUCCAGCCUCGUUCAGUAUGAUCUCAUCGGACAGACGGUCUCCAGCGAAAUGAUUAAAUCCAUCACGGGUGAAUAUGUGGUGAUGACGGUCUACUUUCACUUGAAACGUAAAAUGGGCUACUUCAUGAUUCAGACGUAUAUCCCCUGCAUAAUGACAGUAAUCCUCUCCCAAGUGUCCUUCUGGAUAAACAAAGAAUCGGUCCCGGCACGCACAGUCUUUGGCAUCACCACUGUCCUGACCAUGACGACACUCAGCAUCAGCGCCCGCCACUCCCUCCCCAAGGUCUCCUACGCCACCGCCAUGGACUGGUUCAUCGCCGUCUGCUUCGCCUUCGUCUUCUCCGCCCUCAUUGAGUUUGCCGCCGUGAACUACUUCACCAACGCGCAGAUGGAGCGCGCCAAGAGGAAGCCGGCCAGAUGUCCCCCGGUGCCCCAAACCACGCCUGUCAAGGUCAAGGACACGGAAGAAGUGCUGCAGAAUCCCGACAGCAACGGUAACCUGAGAAAGCGGAUGAAGUACAUCUCCCACCUAGAGGCCAGCAGUCACCUGAGAGCCAUGUCCACCGCCAACAUUUCGGGCCUCGGCCGAGCAAGGGCGCUGCAAAGUUUGGCCGGCGGGGUCAACGGCAGCUCCUCCUCCACCCUCUCGCGCUCAAGCCCUAAGUCCGAGAGCCUGCUUAGCGUGGCUUCGUCCUCCGCCCAGCUGGUGAAGGCCGCGCCCCAGGCCGCGGCAUCCACGCCGGACGUGAUGGCGGCCACGCCGUGCAAGCAGAACGCCAGCUCCUCGUCCCUGCAGCAUCUGCUGGGGCCCAAGCUGGAGCGCAUCCAGAUGAUGGGCAACAAGCUGGAGCCGAAGCAGACGCCGUGCUCCCAGCCAAGCGCCGCCGGCAUGGGUGGAACCAGCAAAAUUGACAAGUACGCACGGAUCUUGUUCCCAGUGUCAUUCGGUGCGUUUAACAUGGUCUACUGGGUGGUUUACCUGUCGAGGGAAACCAUGCUGGCUAAAGGGGGCUAGACUGCUCCGGACAAAGGGCGUAAAGACUCUUUUCUUUCAACAGAUGUGGAGAAAACAAGGAUUAUGGGAGUUUGCAAACCAUAAGAGGAAAACUAUUGUGUUUAUCAAGCACCACCCUAUCCAGGAGAACACAUUGAUUUUGUUUUUCCUCAAAACAGCAGGUAUCAGAGCAAAUCAACCAAAUUAGAAAUAUUUGACUCAACGUAAGGAAGAACACCUGCGUACUGGAUGCUACUGUCCUCUUUAUAUCGUGCUGUGUUUGACUGUUAAAAGGUCUGCAUUGGCUUCAACUGCCUCAUGAUCUCUUUUGGCCUGCAGUCAAGAUAAAGAUGGGGAGUUUUUCAUUUUCCUAUUUUUGUACCCUGCAGCUUGUGAGAUGUUCGGAUGAGUUCACCGCCUUCGUGGGAUAAACUGUACCGACGCUAUGUAUUUAUAGGAAUUUAUUAGGAUAAAACAUUCAUAUUUAAUGAUUUACAGUGUACUUACAAUUCAAUAUUAAGACAUAUUGCUUUUGGUGCAAGCAGACCCGAUGAUGCAAAGUUAAAUUGUUUGAAAUAACAAAGGGUCGGUGAAUUUGAUUUUCUUGGAUUUUUGAUUAAAAUCCCGAAUGCAGGCCAGAUGACUGUCAAAAUGGAUUAACUACUCUGGAGAUAUUGAAAUUCAGGAUGCGUUUCGUUGGAGGUAGAAAAAGGAAGUCAUUGUUGGUAUCUCUGUAGGAGUUAAGCUUCUUUCUGGCUACAGUUUAUUGCCAAACGGUAGACAAGGAUUGUGCAAGUGAUUAAAAUCCGGCCAUGGCAUGAAUAAAGAGGAAAGGAGAGCAACACUA